GGGAACCGGGCACUGGGAACCGGCACCGGGAACCGGGCACCGACCCCGGAGCUCCCCGGUUCCCCUCGGCCCCGCCGGCACCUCCCAGUGCCCCCCAGUCCCUCCCAGUGCCCAGGACCGGAGAGUUCGGGGGGGACACCGGCUGGGGGGACACCGGGGGUCACCGGGGGGUCCGUUGGGGGACACCGGGGGACACCGGGGGUCACCGGGGGGGUCCGUUGGGGGACACCGGGGGACACUGGGAGGAGCCACUGGUCGUUACUGGUCCCCGAUGGGCCCCGCGCGCCGCCGUUGCCGCUUGAGGGGGUCCGGGGGCGCCUCCCGGUCGCCGCCGCCGUUACCGGGAGGGGAGGGGCCGGGAGGGCGGGGCCAUGCCCAUGGGGGGCGGGGCCUCUCGCCGGGACCGGCGGGUCCGGCCCCCGCCGCCACCGGAAGGGCCCGGACCGGCCGCCGCCGCCAGCAUGAGCGAGCGGCUGCUGUGCAGCGCCCGCGCCUCGGUGCUGCUCUACGACGAGGGGCAGCGGCAGUGGGUGCCGGCGGGGGGGCCCCCCCCGGGCCCCAGCUGUGUCCAGCUGUUCCACCAGCCCGGCAGCCGCGCCUUCCGCCUGGUGGGGCGGCGGCUGCAGCCCGAGCAGCAGGUGGUGCUGAACUGCCCCCUGGGCCGGGGGCUGCGCUACAGCCAGGCCACGGCCCAGUUCCACCAGUGGCGCGAGGGCCGGCGGGUCUGGGGGCUCAGCUUCGCCGCCCCCCCCGAGGCCGCCCGCUUCGGCGGGGCCGUGCUGCGGGCGCUGCAGGCGCUGGACCUCGGAACGCCGCCUUCGUGGCCGGAGCCCGACGGUUCCGCCCCCCCCCCGGAGCAGCCGGACAGGGUGGUGAUGGAGGAGUCUGAGCGCCGCGGGACGGCUGCAGGACCCCCGGCUGCGCCCCCCCCGCCGCCCCCCGGCCCUCCCCCACCCCCGGGCCCCCCCCGCCGCCCCGGCCCCCCCCCUCCCCCCCCCCCGGGGGGUGCCCCCGGCGCCGCCGCCGCUGCCGGGGGGGGCGGGGGGCGGCCCGGAGGGGGGGGGGCGGUCCCCGGGGGGGGUCCCGGGGGGGUCUCCGGCUUCGCCGCCGCCAUCGCGGGGGCCAAACUCAGGAGAGUCGGGAAG